AUGUUUUUACCUCAGAAACAUACCACUGUAUACCCAGCCGUUGAUCCAGCAGGACCACUCAAAGAUGCCAGCAGCGGCAAGGUGGUGAUUAUAGCCGGCGCCGGUAGGGGGAUUGGCAAGGCUAUGGCACACACCUUCGCAGCCACCGGUGCCCGAGGCCUAGUUCUCAUAUCACGAACCAAAGGCCAAUUGGAGCAAACAGGGUCAGAGAUUCAGUCUGCACAUCCAGCUUGUGAGAUCAAGACAUUUGCUCUAGAUAUUAGCCAGCCAGAUGCCGUUCAGGAGAUGUUCAAGCAGAGUGUAGCCGCUUUUGGCGAAGUUCAUGUUCUUAUGGCGAAUGCGGGAAUUAUGGAACCAUUCAGUGGUACACUUGAUGAAGCUGAUCCGUCUGCGUGGUGGGGCGUCUGUGAGGUCAAUCUGAGAGGAACAUUCAAUCUCUGUCAGUCUUUUAUUCAGCAUCGCAAGAGCCUCGAGAAUGAUUCCGCUCCCGGUGUAAUUAUUGCUACAUCCGAUCAGGCUUGUACCCAGUUGUUCCCGGGUUACUCGGCGCACUGCAUCACCAAAACUGCCAUAAAUCGCAUUAUUGAAUACGCUGAAGCUGAAAACAAGGAAGUUAUCAAAGCAUUUAGCAUCAACCCCGGCGGCAUCCCCACCGAGUUGGGCCUUGCCUGUCCGGAAAGGUUCCACCCGUAUUUAACUGCCGAUGUGACAUUGCCGGCUGCGGUCUCCGUUUGGCUAGCUACAUCGGACAGGGCUUACUUUCUGUCUGGGCGGUAUGUGGAUUGUCAGUGGGAUGUGGAUGAAUUGUGUGCGUUAGAAGGGAGGAUUGUGGAGGAUGAUUUACUCUCCCUGCGAAUUAAAGAAACGUGA